GUUACAACAUAUAUCGCAUACAGCAGGGAUGUGAUAAAGUUGUCUAGAGGGCAGGUAUAUAUCUUCGUUAGGCGAUGCAUAAGAUGUUGUAUUUAUUUCUCUGGGUUUUUAUUUUUGGACUUUAUCAAGUGGAAUCUGUUUCGGAGUUAAAGAGAGCCUGCAAAUUCGGAAAUGUGAAGUGUAUUUGUUGGCAUCAGUACCAUGGUUUCCACGUCAACUGCUCAGGAAGAAAUGUAAAAUCGAUUCCAGGAUUUAAUGAUAGUGUAGUGUGGCUGGAUUUAAGUCGCAACAAAAUUACAAAUAUCCCUCCAAUGAUACUACCCAAACAUUUGACAUCUCUUGACCUUUCUUGGAAUAAUAUGAAGAAUGUGAGGAAAGAGUUUUUCAGUUCUGUGCCAGAGCUCAACUUUCUUGACUUAUCGUAUUGCAAUAUACAUGAUAUUGAGGAAGGGUCAUUUGGUGAUUUGGAUAAUUUGCGACACUUGCACAUUUCCUUUAAUAGAAACUUAGGAUUUGCGUCACUGCCAAACCUGACCUUUCACUUAGAAAAAACGAGGAUAAGUUCAUUGCAUCUGAAUGGGAUCACAUGUAUGACAGGAGUAGGUACAACCUUAAGACUUCAUCAUUUAAGAAAUAUAAGAGGAACAAAUAUUACAGAACUUUCGUUAGACAGCAAUAGACUGGAAAUAUUUGAACCAGGAGUAAUCGGAUGGUUACCAAAAACGUUAGAGGUAUUUUCAAUGGCUAACAAUAAAUUAACAGCAGGUAUAUAUUUGUUAGAAUUUGCAUCGAUGACGAAUUUAAGAAUUAUGAACGCAAGUUUUCAGCGAUAUCCACCGAAAUACCCGGACUCUGUGUUCGAUAGAUGUCAGGAUAAAUUGGAAAGACAGUUUUAUGAUGCUGCUCAUGAUUCCACCAACAAUAUGCCAGAAAACCAUAUUGAUUAUGACAAUGAUUCUUAUCUUAGUUUUAAUUGGACGAUACUCUUACCCCCAAAUCUUGAAACAUAUGAUUUCCACUCUAGUGGAUUAUACUUUCAUGUUAUAAACUUUUCUGUGUAUGCUCCAAAUCUUCGACACGUGUACCUUCAAAACAAUUUCAUAAUGUCAUGGACGGGGCAUAUACAAAUGAAAAACUCCAAUAUAUUAGCCUUUGAUAUGUCGAACAACUUCUGCUCCCACGUGUCACCACAAAGUCUACAAGACUUUAAGCAUGUAAAAUAUCUGAAUAUUUCUCACAAUGACUUAGGGCAAGACUUAGAAAAGGACACCACAGGCCAGCUGUUUAAACAUCUUGUUAAUCUUGAGGUUUUGGAUUUGUCAUUCAACAAAAUUUCCUCUUUACCAAGGCUUCUUCUGGGAAAUUCGAAAAGGAUUAAGUACAUUAACGUUAGUAACAACAGAUUAUCUGACUGGGAGGUUAGUGUGAGUGGAAAAUUGCUUGUCCAGAAUAAAUGGAAAAUCCGAUAUAUUGUUUACAAGUCAAAGCAGAAAUUUGGAUGGGUAAAGCAACCAAGUAUACAUGGGUCAACCAGAGUGAAUUACGAACAUGAUGUAUUUCUGUCCUACAGUGGUUGUACAUUGAUGUUUGUACUGAAUGAGGUCAUUCCUCAUUUGGAAGGAAACAGGAAUAUGAAGCUUAUCAUCAGAGAUCGGGACUAUUUGCCAGGAUUUCUAAAAACCGAUAAUAUUAUGUAUAGUAUACAAGAGAGUCGGAAAACUGUUUGCAUCGUGUCCAGAAAGUAUUUGGAGUCCAGGUGGCGCGACUAUGAACUGAACAUGGCAAAGAUAGAAGGCAUUGUCGAUCGCGGCCGCCUAGACUUUGUCAUCCUAGUUUUGUUACCGGAAGUGUAUAAUAGUGGUUAUCCUCAAAAAAUGAUGGACUUGGUGAAGAGAAAUUGUUAUGUUGAAUAUCCGGACGAAUCGUGUGCUUAUGAUGAUUUCUGGGAGAAAUUAACUGAUAUGAUUGAGAGCUGAGGACGUACCUUGUUGCACGUAACGUCGACAUCUGUUGGACUACGAUGAAAGGAUCAAUCUUGCGUUAACCUGGGCAGCCGGGUACUGUAUUCGGUGUUUUCCUUCACAUUGUGCAAAGAAAAUAUAGUAUUACCUUCAGUCUCAACUGAUGUCUAGGGCAAAUUGUUAUUUAUUUAUUGUUUGUUUGGUUAUGAAUAUAUGUGGUUAAAUGAUUCAUCUGAGACCAUUAGCCUGAAAUUACGUUCAGGACGAUAUAUACAUGUAUAUAGUGAACAUAUAUCCUUGAUUAACUGCACAAAAUUUCAAUUGUAACAUCAUGUUCUUCCUUACAAUUAGAUGUGUAAGUGCGAUUCAUGUUUAUCCUUACUGAUAGUGCAUGUAUCUUUAUAACUAUUCCUAUCAAAAUUGUAUGUCUUACAAAAUAAAAACAUAUUUAGCCACUUA